AAUUAUUCUCCUAUGGCCAGUAGCGUACCCAAGAUAUUUCUUGCCAUUUCAGGUAAGUCCCAUGAUAAUUUAUCCCUCUCCACACCAUUUUUAAGCUAACACCCUCAAAACUUUAGGGCUCUUAUUAUUUAUUUGUUUAUUUAUUUUCUUUUCCAUGGUUCAUAAUAAUCCUCUCCUUUCUUCAACUUUGGCCGGUACCCUGAGGAUUUUACUGCUUCAUGCCGUCCUUUAAAACCCAAUUUAGAUUGGAUGCAUAAGUGAAUAUACACUUUGAACGGGAUGGAUGAGGCGGUUGAUGAUGAUGCAACAGGAGUUACUGCUGCUGAUGGUAUGCACGUUAUACAUAAACAACGUGAAUACUCCUUAAAGCCCAGUAACUCCAGUCUUUUAGAAUCACAUGAGAGUGAUCAGAAUGAGGGCUCGUCUCAUUUGUUUACAGAUAUUUUGGAUGGGAAAAAUUUGGAUAGAAUGGGUUCUUCAGAACAAGCAAGUGUGAGUCCUCACUGUAUGAAUAAUUCUGGAAUUAUGGUUGAAGAAUUGACGUUCACAAAUUAUAGUGGUGAAAAUCUUGCUAUAGUGGGUACCUCUGACAAUAGAGAUCGAGUGCAGAGCUGGAAGAAGCAUUUGCAUCAGAAGGCGACUGGAUCAGGAAGUGCAGGCUCAAAUGGAGAUGCUGCAAAUAGAGACAGGAAUUGGGAAGCAAAAAGUGUCUGGGAGGAUACUGGGCAUUUAUUCUAUUCAGGGUUUUUGGAUCAAAAUCAGAAGCCUUCUGGUGAAAAUUAUCAAGAACUCUUGGAUAAUUUUCCAGGUAAUGACAAUAAAAGUAUGUUAAGUAAUGCAUUCUCCUCAGGAGUUACCCGAACAAAAAUUGUAUCCAAGUCUGGGUAUUCUGAAUAUUUUAUAAAGAAUACAUUGAAGGGCAAGGGAAUAAUAUACAAAGGUCCUUUAGACAGAGGAUUUGGUGAUGAGUCAGGGAACCAGAGUUAUUCAAGGUCUACCAGUACUGGGAUUCUGAGUUCAAAUACCCCAUUGAGUUCGACUCGAGAUGUUGUUAUGCCUAUCAGCAAUGUCUUUCCUGAAGUUUGGUCUAGUAUUUCUACCUUUCCUAACCCUGAUGGGGUCCUUUUGAGAGAGUGGCUUAGAGCUGGUCAGAAUAAGGCAAAUAAAAUGGAGAACUUGCGCAUAUUUAGACAAAUUGUCAAACUGGUGGAUUUUUCGCACUCUCAAGGAAUUGCUUUGAAAGAGUUGCGCCCAUCUUACUUCAAGUUGUUGCCAUCAAACAGAGUUAUUUAUCUGGGAUCAUCUGUUCAUCUUUCAGACAAUGUCUUGGAUCAUGAUGUUCCCCGGUCUGAGCAUGAUCAAAUUGGCAAGAGGCCACUCAAAAAGAACUUGCUACCCUUUGACCAUCAUUUUGCAAAGAAGCAAAAGUUUGGUGAUAAUAUGCUACAUUCUGGAAGGUUGCCUCACUCUUCAUCCAGUUUUGACUUCAAAACUGCAUCUGUUGAUAUUAGCAGAGUGGAUAGUUUCUUGGGGCCUAAUUCUGGGAGUGGGUCUAGUGAAAAUCAAAAUAUCAAGGUGGACUUUAAGUCUCAGAGCAGAUCCAGUGUUCCACAAGCACCUGAUAUGUCACCACCAAUCUUAACUUCAGUAAAUUUUAUGUCGGAAGAGAAAUGGUAUUCCAGUCCUGAGCAGCACACUGAGAGGCGUUUGGCAUUUUCAUCGAACAUUUACUCUUUGGGAGUUCUUCUAUUUGAGCUACUCAGUUCUUUUGACUCUAGAAGAUCUCAUGAAGCAGCAAUGCUGGAUCUACGUCACAGGAUUCUUCCUCCAGAGUUCCUGUCAGAGAAUCCCAAGGAAGCUGGAUUUUGCCUUUGGCUGCUUCAUCCUGAAUCAUCGUCACGUCCGACUGCCAGGGAAAUUCUGCAAUUUGAAGUUAUAUGCAGCAUUCAGGAAUUAGCUGGAGAUGAAUUGGUAUCAUCUAUUGAGGAAGAGGAUGCUGAAUCUGAAUUGCUGUUGCAUUUUCUCUUGUCACUUAAAGAGAAAAAACAAAGAGAUGCUUCAAACUUAGUAGAGGAAAUUAGGUUCAUAGAAGCAGAUGUUCAAGAGGUUGAGAAAAGGCAAACUAGAGAAUUACCAGCUUGUACCUCCUUAGCUGAGGAGUCCCUUGCUACAAAGAGAAACAGAUUGCUUAGGAGGGGGCAUGUAAGUUCAGAUUUUCGUCCUAGGUUGCCUCUUUUAUGUGAUGAGAAGAUGACAAAGAAUAUCAGGCAGCUUGAAAGUGCUUAUUUUUCAAUGAGAUCUAAUAUUCAGCUUCCUCGAAAGGAUAUGACUACACGUGGUGACAAAGGAUUGUUAAGAAUUCGAGAGAACUGGUCGUUAGGGAAGGACAGAGGGAUAUGUAAAACCACUGAUUGCCUUGGGGGAUUCUUUACCGAUUUGUGCAAGUAUGCUUGCUAUAGUAAUUUUAAAGUGCGAGGGGUUUUGAGGAAUGGAGAUAUGGCUAAUUCAGCAAAUGUAAUAUGCUCCUUGAGUUUUGACCGGGAUGAGGACUAUCUGGCUGCUGGUGGAGUCUCAAAGAAAAUUAAGAUAUUUGAUUUCCAUGCACUUUUUGACGAUUCUGUUGACAUUCAUUAUCCAGUAGUUGAGAUGUCAAACAAAUCGAAGCUCAGCUGCAUUUGCUGGAAUAGCUAUAUAAGGAACUAUCUUGCCUCUACUGACUAUGAUGGGGCAGUCAAGUUAUGGGAUGCAGCAACUGGUCAGGGAUUUUCUGAAUUUGUUGAGCAUGACGAAAGGGCUUGGUCUGUUGACUUUUCUCGGCUGGAUCCGACAAAAUUUGCCAGCGGAAGUGAUGAUCAUUUGGUGAAACUUUGGAGCAUUAAUGAGAGAAACAGUUUGUGCACAAUCAGGAAUAAUGCCAAUGUCUGCUCUGUUCAGUUUUCAGCUCAGUCAACAUACUUGCUGGCUUUUAGCACUGCUGAUUACAAGACAUAUUGUUAUGAUCUUCGAAAUAUUUCGACACCUUGGUGUAUAUUGGCUGGUCAUGAGAAAGCUGUUAGCUAUGCCAAAUUUCUGGACAAUGAAACACUAGUUUCUGCAUCCACGGACAAUACAUUGAAGAUUUGGGAUUUGAAUAAAACCAAUUCUAACGGUUUGUCAAGGGAUGCUUGUGUAUUAACCCUACGAGGACAUACUAAUGAGAAGAACUUUGUGGGUUUAUCUGUUGCUGAUGGAUACAUCACAUGUGGUUCCGAGACAAAUGAGGUGAGAACAAGCUGCGAUUUGCACCAACUUAGGUCUUUGCUUAUUACCGAUCUCUGCCUAUGCCAAUCACUUCCCUCAAAUUUGGCUCCAUUGAUCCCAUUUCUGGCAAAGAGACUGAUGAUGAUAAUGAACAGUUCGUUUCAAGUGUCUGUUGGAGACGAAAAUCAAACAUGGUCAUUGCAGCAAACUCCAGCGGCUGUAUAAAGUUGUUAGAAUUGGUAUAGAAGAAAGGUCAUGCAUAUAAAAAAGGUGAAUAUUGCAGUUGUUAAGGUGUCCCAGCUUUAUUCUCUUUCUUGACAAUCCUUUAUUGGUGAUUUCCUUUCUUUUAAUGCUGGAGGUCUGCAUCGUGAAGGCAGUCAAAGAACACAUUUCGGGGUUUUGGUCUUGGAGGGGGGAGUUUUGUUUCACUGUGAUCUCUGGUUCAAACUUUUGGCCUUGAAAAUCCGGUCUUAAUCUAAACCAGUGCAUAGAACAGCCAAGGAUGGAAGUUUGACUAGGCAACUAGAGACUACUCGAUUGAAGAUCAUCUCCAUGCCAGAGGAAACCAAGAAUUUUGGUUUGCAUUUCAGCCGCAUGACAAGAAGCAAGAUGGCUUUUUACUGGAGAAUGUCAGGAAAAAGUAACAACUGCAGCUGUGACAAAUGUGUUUGCCUGAAAGUGUGAAAGUGCCAACCAAGGGAAUGAAUCAAUUUUUGCCACAGCUAGAAGAUGACGGUUAUUGCAGUCCUCCAGAGAUUGCUCAACAGACUUAUCUGUGAUUGGGAGGAGGGUUCAUACUAUAGAAUAAUUGCCAAGAUGUUUAUGGUAGCAAGGCAAUAUGUUAGUUUCCAUUGAUCUUCUAGGUUUAAAGAAAUAUAUUCUCUCUAAAAGCUUUUCCUUUUAGCACUGCUGAUACUUGAGUGUUGGCACUGUGUAUAUCAAAUUAAUUUUUUUAUGUAUAUACAGAAACCUGUUUCAUAUUAGAUGAAUGGGUCUAUGAUAUUUUUGACUUUGGAUACA